AUGAACAUCCAAGACCAGUUGAUCGCUGAAAAGACUCAAUUGGCAGCUCUAAAGGCACGGGCACUUGCAUUUGAGAGGGCAGCGGAGAAACUCUCAAAAAUUCUGAACUACGACGACAAGUUUGCAGAGGCAAAUUCGAUACUGGUGAGACUAUACAAUCGCCUUUCAGAAAGAUUGAGAAUUGGCCGUUAUGUUCAUCCGAGUAUCCUGCUAUUCAUUAACGAAAUGACGGACGGGACACAGAAUUUGUAUGACACAUCGCGCCUCUAUCGAGAAUGCAUCAAUUACAUAGAUUUGCGUCUAAAGUCUAGUGCAGAACAAAUCCGUCUUGGGGAUACUCUUCUACGCCAGUCGUUGGAAUCUGCCGACAUAGAGGACUAUGCGCACGGCAAGUUUACUGUCGAAAGGGCUUUGCGUCAUCUUGACUUGAAGCUUGAGUCAGAGAUGGUGACUACAAUAGAUCAGCAAUUCCAAAAACUCCGCGUAUCACUCAAGAAGAUACAGGAUUCUAAUCAAGAAAAGAUCAAAGACCCGGAGCUAGCUUCGUAUACUAUAAUGACUUCAUCCCAGUGCUCAAUGAAGCCCUCACCUUCAUGUGCUGAUCCUUUUGAAUGGCUAUCUCCAGAUCUAAUAGCAAAUGUUGCAAAGCUACUUUCACUCGAAGAUGUCAUAAACUGCAAUAUGGUAUGCUCUCUGUGGCGCCGUAAUCUUCUUGACAUGCCCUCGAUUUUUCAAAAACCUUUAAUCCUCUGUGAGGAUGCUACCGCAGCUGUGUAUUACAAAAGGCUAAAACUUGUAAGAAGUUUGUUUUCAAGUUUGCCAACAAACAAAAUAAGUAAACUUCGUAUAGGUUCGACAACCAGCAAGGAGCAGUUACAGUACAUCUUAGAAAGUGUCAUCAGCGAGAGGAAGCUUGAAUUCCAAGCUUUGGAAGUUUCUAAUGAGUAUAUGACUCUCGAUCUUCUAUUUCAUGCCCUCAAGAAGAAAAGGUUUCGCUGCCCUGGUCUUCUUUCGAUUACAGAAUUGAAAUUAGACAUCAAAAAUACAAUGUACAAUUCCGAAGUACUCUUAGAAUUACUUCCGAAUCUACAAAGGUUGGAACUCGUUUGCAAGAAACAUGCUCUACGAGGAAAUGACUAUCUAGAGUUUCAAAACACCACAGGUUUCCAAAAAUUGCUCCACGCUGCCGAGCAACGAAAGAAGGUCAAAAAUUUGCAACGUCUUUCCAUCAUAUGUAACGAAAUGUAUCGGGUGUACUUGAUGGGAGCAAUGGGGCCCCAAAGAUAUAAUUCGAAGCCGCAACUUCUCCAUGCUGCUUAUCCCAAUUUGACCGAGUUUCAAAUGGCAAAUCAUUCUUUCGGAGGCAGUACAGAAGUGAAACAAUUCAAGAGAUUCUUAUCCACCGCAAACAACCUCAAGAUACUAUACCUUGAAAACAACGGUGAUUUCACCUUUGAAAUGCUCUUCAAUCUAAUCAAACUUGCCAAGCCACGGUUUCAACUUGAGAGUCUCACAUAUAGACCGAGAAUAUGCCUUGGUGAUAAUCAUAAAUUACUUGAGCCGGUGGAGUAUCAAUGCUUAGCAAAUUUAAAACAUCUUGACAUCUAUGGUGUUCCCAUCGACGUGCACAAACUCCUGAAAUUGCUUCAAGUGGUAAAUGGAAAUCAUACUCUCAAAACACUCAAUAUUGGAGGAAAUGGCGAUUUCUUAUUCGGAAGACCCUACGAUAUUCCAUACAUCAAAGAGAAGACUGAUCUCGCAUUUGAAUAUCUUCUAAUCAGUGUCGAAUAUCUCAUUUUGGGCGACAAUUACAAACUAGAUGAAUUCUGUUUGUUGUAUUUGGCAAACUCGUUGGCUCGCGUAAGAGGUUCAAAUUGGUCAUUGAAGUAUCUCGAUGUUUCAUUCUGUGAAAAUGUCGACGACAGAGCACUAACAAACUUGCUUGGAACCAGUAAUUACUAUGCAAAGCCUCGAGUCGAAACAUUAGUUGUUAGCGGGCCGAAAUUGAGUGUGAAGACUCUCGAGAAGUUCAAGAGAAGGGGCUUUAUUGAAAAGUAUGAGAUGAGGUCCGAGAAGUGGAGACAGUAUGGUAUCAAUAGCUUGUACCUUGGUAAACGCUAA